CAGCCUGGUCUCUCCUGGAGGUUCCGCGUUAGCCUUGGCCCUCAAGGCAGGGGAGGGGGGCGAGGGGCUCAGCCGCCCACCGCAGCUCUGGUCCCCGCCGCCUGCCUCCGGGGGUCUGGCAGGUCCCGGCUUGCCACCUCCCUGGAGACUUGAUGGCCUCGGAAGGCCUGGCGGGGGCGCUGGCCACCGUGCUGGGGGGCAAGGGGUUGCUGGUGCAGAGCUGUGACUCGGAGCCGCCUGGCAAGCCGCUGUCGCCCGUGCGGCUGCGGAAGAAUGUCUGCUACGUGGUGCUGGCCGUGUUCCUCAACGAGCAGGACGAGGUGCUGAUGAUCCAGGAAGCCAAGAGAGAGUGCCGGGGAACCUGGUACCUCCCUGCAGGGAGAAUGGAAGCCGGGGAGACCAUUGUGGAGGCGAUGCAGCGGGAGGUGAAGGAGGAGGCUGGGCUGCUCUGUGAACCAGUGACACUGCUGUCUGUGGAGGAGAGGGGUGCCUCCUGGAUCCGUUUUGUAUUCCUUGCUCGACCCACAGGUGGAGUUCUCAAGACUUCCAAGGAUGCAGAUGCUGAGUCCCUACAGGCUGGCUGGUACCCACGGGUCUCUCUGCCCGCUCCGCUUAGAGCCUAUGAUGUUCUGCACUUGGUGGAGCUGGGUGCCAAAUUCUGCCAACAAGCCAUGCACCCUCUCAUUCUGCCUCAAGAGCUUCCCUGCAGUGUGGUCUGCCAGCGGCUGGUGGCCACCUUCACAACGGUCCAGUCAGUCUGGGUGUUGGUGGGCUCAGUAGGGACGCCUCACUUGCCCAUCACUGCCUGUGGCUUCACCCCUAUGGAGCAAAGGGGGGGCAUCAAGGUGGCCACCCUGCGGCUGCUACAGGAGUGUCUGACGAUGCACAAUUUGGCAGUGGAGACCAAGGGGUUGCUUGGACUGCAGCAUCUGGGCAGAGACCACAUGGAUGGUAUCUGCCUGAACGUGCUAGUGACGGUGGCUUUUCGGAACCCAGGAAUCCAAGAUGAGCCCCCAAAGAUUCGGGGCGAGAACUACUUUUGGUGGAAGGUGUUAGAGGAAGACUUACAAAAACAGCUUCUACACAGACUCCAGGAACCUUCGGUCGUCCCCCUGAGCAGAUAGAGAGGCGCCACUCGUGACAGAAACUGAGGAGCCACCCUCCCUCUGUGGGCAGGAAAGAGGUGGCACUCUGAGAUCUCAUUGCACUGUGUGCAGGGACCCCACACUGAGCCCAAAGGGAGAGUGCCUUGAAUCCAGUACUCAAAGGUUUCCGUCGUUCUCAGGGUACACAGUGCUUCUCUUAAGAUGGUGAGAAGCUUUUUGAACCCCAAAUGGCAUCAUCUUAUUUCCUUGUCCACUUUGGUAAAAAAAAGCCGCAUGUUAAUUCAUCCAAGCCCUUAGGAAUGUAGAGAGGGAUGGAUCAUGGGGGACUCGUCCCUCAGGGCAGAGUCCUCAUUGCUGAGUAAAAAAGAUGUUGCUUAACUUGC